AACAAUUAUUUUAAAUAAAAAUAUUUUUAUUCUAAAAAAAAAAAAAAAAAACAACAAUGGCCACAAAUUGUGAAUUAAUUGAGGAAAAUCUGCCAUCUGCAAAUGGUAAAUACCCGAUAUCCGCCUCGGCUUCCAUGUCUUCGAUGAGUCAUGAAGAGAAACAGGACGGUACGGAGAAGUCAUUGAGUAAAAGUUCUUUUUCGGAUAUGUCUUCGGAACCGGGCAUUAAUUCGAUUGGCGGGUUAGGAGGAGAUAAUAGCGGUGAAUUAAAUUUGCCGAAUAAUCAACCGUUGCCGUUACCGGCCCCACAAUUGCCUCAUUUAAUUGAUGAUGUAUUUGAGAGUGCUUUCGAAGCUUCGAUGGCCGAUUUGGAACAUGCGGAAAUUGAUGGUUACGAAACAGAUACGGAAAGUUCACUUAGCGAUGAUAGCAGCGAUACGAAUCAGGCGGAAGGAAAGAAAAUGAAAUCGACAAUUGCAAAAAGUUUUCCACGUUCUUCGUCUUUCCAAUACGAGAGCAGUAGCGAUAGUUCAUCUAGUGAUAGCGAGGAUAACGACGAUAACGGUAUUAAUAGGAAUCGUGCAGUCGAAUUGCUUGCAAAUUCUAAUCAAAUGCCUAAGUAUUUUUCCGCCGAUAUAUUCCAUAUGAGACCGUAUUUAAUGCCAUUCACGGAACGGCGUCGUUUAUCGCAAUGCAAAGAGGAAGAAGAUGAAGAUGACGCAGAUAAAUCACCUUUGCCCUCCGUUACUGAUGCCGGUAAUGCGGCCUUGAUAGCUGCUAUCAAACAAGAUCGUAGUAGUAAUAAACCUACACCACCUCCUUUACCACCGCCCGCUACAGAUCAAGCUUCCGCGGAGAAGUUUAAAGAGUUGGAAAAAUUACGUCAACAAUUCAUGCAUAAAAUCGAUAGUAUUAAUACGAGUAAUAUAGAGGAAAUCAAAACAGUUACAGUCGCUCCAGAGCAUUCGUCACCUCCACCGCCGCCUCCUAUACCACCUACGAUAUUACCACCGGCUUUAAUUAACCUUCUGGAAUCGGCUAAAGCUCCACCCACCAAGCUGCCAUUGACUUUUAUGGCAAAUGCAAAAGUCACCAAUUCCUCUGUAACAGUUACUAACCCUAACACGACGAUUGUAAGAGGGAAAUUUACCAUAACUAGAGCUCAGGAAACGCCCGAAAUACCGGCGACUUUGCGGGUAGAAGCUCAGAAUUUGCAACAUUUAAAAGCCGCUUCGAACGCACAUACUAUAAGUUUUCCUUGUAGCUCGGGCGAUUAUGCUUCGGUGCAAAAUGUCUUCCCACAGCGCCAGGGUAGCAAUAAAUAUCCUCUGGCAAAACCUCACUUUUCCAAGGAAUUUUUUGAUACUUCCCUUAUAGAGAUACGUACGCCCACUGAUAGUUUAAAUUCCAUUAAUAAUAUGGGAUUAGAAACCUCUUCCUCACCCGUAUUCGGUCAAAAGCAAAUGCAGCAUCAACAACAACAACAACAACUAUCGAACUGUGAUACUAAUGUGCAGAAAUUGAAACGUAUGAGUGACUUUCCCGAUUUAGAUGAGGUAUGGAUUAAAAGAGGUGAUAUAUCUUCGACAAUUACAAAAUUGGCACACAUUCAACAACAGCAACAGCAACACCAUCCAAAGAAAUAUUAUUACACUGAUGAAAGCGCAGCGGAAAGUGGUCGCACCACUGCCGUACAAUCGGAAGACGAACAAGAUGCUAAAUUACCCACAUCCAGGCCGUCUAGUGCUCCCGCAGAGCCCAAUGCCAAAGCAGCCCGCAAAGCAAAUAAAAAGAUGAAAGAGGAAGCGAGACGCCAAGAGAAAGAGCAAAGUCGGCGAGAGAAGGAGGCGCGUAAGAUUGAACGUGAAACGGCGCGUCGUUUAGAACGCGAAGCUGCGAAAUUGGAAAAAUUAAAUCGCAAUGCAGAAAAGAUCUCACGCAGUACAGAACGUGUAGCGGCCUCAUCGCGUUCCGGCUCACUCGAGCGACGACGCAGUGGUGAAGAUUCCCCAGUACUUAAUCAAUCCACAGUGCAUGGCAUUGCUAGUCCAAAUCGUCGGCCUACCAUUUUUGAUGUGUUUCGACCGUCCAAACGGCAAAAAGAGAAAAUCCUACUCGAUCCUUUGUCGGCGGCUGCAGCAGCGGCGGGGACGGGUAAUGAAACUGGUAGUGCCAGUAGUACACAUUCGGCUACGGGCGGCGGCGGCGGCGUUGGCGGCGGCGGUACGGGUGGUGGCGUUAUGAAUUCCAUGAAAGUAGCUUUACAAAAUUCCGGCCUUAUUGGUGGAGGUCAUCAUCAUCAUCAUCAUCAUAAACAGCAUCCUGCCGUUACGAUAACCACAGCGGAAGGCACUUCUGUGAAAAGCAAGUACAAAGAUGGUUCAGCCCAUCCCCAUCAAGGCAGUGAUGCUCAAUAUUAUCACACGGUUACCGCUGUGCGACGUGCCGAUGCAACACGCUCACCUAUGACCAAAGUAAUGGAUUUAUUUCGAAAUCGUUCAAAUUCUGCCGCAUCUGAAGCAGAUAAACGUAAAGCGCGUGCAGCCGCCCAUCAACAACAAUUGGCUGUGCAAAGUGCUCAUAUGCGUCGUGCUUCGGCCGAUUUAGAAAAACGUCGUGCUUCAGUUGGUGCUGCUAGUCGUGGUUUGCGUGGUGAUGGUACUUUAGAUCCUCACGCGGCCGCCAUCCUAUUCCGAGAUUCAAGAGGAUUACCUGUAGCUGAUCCGUUCCUAGAGAAAGUAAAUCUCUCCGAUUUGGAAGAGGAUGAUUCUCAAAUAUUUGUGAAAUUUUUCCGUUUUCAUAAAUGCUACGAUUUAAUACCGACCUCUGCCAAAUUGGUCGUAUUCGAUACACAAUUGCUGGUGAAGAAAGCUUUUUACGCUUUAGUUUAUAAUGGGGUGCGUGCCGCCCCUCUAUGGGAUUCACAGAAGCAACAAUUUGUUGGCAUGUUGACCAUAACAGAUUUUAUAAAAAUUUUACGCAUGUAUUAUAAAUCACCGAAUGCCUCAAUAGAACAAUUGGAAGAGCACAAAUUGGAUACCUGGAGAAGCGUUUUACAUAACGAAGUCAUGCCUUUGGUUAGUAUUGGUCCAGAUGCUUCCUUAUAUGAUGCCAUUAAGAUACUCAUCCAUAAUCGUAUACAUCGUUUACCGGUCAUAGAUCCAGCUACGGGCAAUGUUUUGUAUAUAUUAACACAUAAACGUAUUUUAAGGUUCCUGUUUUUAUAUAUUAAUGAAUUACCGAAACCGUCGUAUAUGCAAAAGAAAUUACGCGAUGUUAAAAUUGGCACUUACGACAAUAUUGAGACGGCCGAUGAGAAUACCAGCAUAAUAAGUGCUUUAAAGAAAUUCAUCGAAAGACGUGUUUCCGCUUUGCCGCUGGUCGAUGCCGAAGGACGUCUAGUGGAUAUUUAUGCCAAAUUUGAUGUGAUUAAUUUAGCUGCUGAAAAAACCUACAACGACCUCGAUGUAUCGCUGCGUAAAGCUAACGAACAUCGCAACGAAUGGUUUGAGGGUGUUCAAUGUUGUAAUUUAGAUGAGAGUCUGUACACAAUACUGGAACGCAUUGUACGAGCAGAAGUGCAUCGUUUAGUGGUGGUGGAUGAGCAACGACGUGUUAUUGGCAUUAUAUCAUUGUCCGAUAUACUUUUAUAUUUGGUUUUAAGACCCAGCGGCGAUGCUGUAGGUGGAGUUGAAAAUUCUCUACGUGCCUCCGAUCCCAUAUUACAGAAAAAAUUAUCGGAAGACGAGGAUACAGCCACAACGGUAGAAAUUAAAUCGCCUUCUUUGGAUUCGGGUACACGCAGUUUAAUUGAAGAUAUACCCGAAGAAGAUAAAACCCAAUUGGAAGGUGAGGAUGGCGUCAGCGAUGGGGGAGGCGAUGCAGAUGAUAAUGUUGAUGAUAGUAAUGAAGGCAAUGAUAAGAAUGCCUUAGCGGAUGUAUCACUUGCCACAGAAGCCGUAGAGGAGGAGGAGGAUACAACGAAAGCAACAGUAGAUAUAAAUGGAGCUCCGUUGGCCGAUGUCGAAGAAGCCGAUAAUGUAUCCGAAGAUGAAAACGAUGCCGAAAGUGUACUAAGCGAUAAUUGUGAUAAAUUGAGUAAAGCAGCCGCGUCAGCUUUAAGUCAAAAAACAACACAGCCAGCAGUGCCGAAUCGAGCACGUGAAAUGGCUCUUGUUAGUGAAUAAUUCAAUUAAUAAUAUUAAAAAUAAUAAUAAUAAUAAUAAUUCUUCAGAGACAAUUUUAACAAAUAAUUAAU